UAAAUCAAAACCCCUCUCAUUUCACAUUCCAGAUAGCUCUAACGAACAUAUUCCAUAAAACUUGAUCCUUCAAGAUGGAAAAUGGCCAUGAAGAUCAUGAAGAUAUUCAAAUUGAGGAAAUCCCAGAUGAAUUUCAGUGCUGUGUUUGCCUGGAACUUUUGUAUAAACCAGUUGUGCUAGGGUGUGGCCACAUUGCUUGUUUCUGGUGUAUAUUCAAAGCUAUGAAUACUUGGAGGGAAUCAAACUGUCCCAUUUGUCGACACCCAUAUCAUCAUUUUCCUAGUUUUUGUAGAUUGAUUCACUCUUUGCUUCUAAAGUUGUACCCUUUAGCCAGUGCAAGAAGGGUAAAACAAGUUGCCGAGGAGGAGAAGGAAGUAGGUUCUUGCUCACCUGAGUUUGAUGAUGAUUUAUCAGAAUCCCGUUGCAAGACAGAUCUUGUUCCGGACACUGCUUCACCUCAUUCUGUCUCGUCGCAGAAAUGUGGUUCAGCGGGAGAAGGAGAUCAUUCCUCCAUAGAUGUUUCAUUAGAUACAGUUGUUCCUGCAACAUCGAGUUCCGAAAUCAAUAAGGACGCAAUAUCAAAGAAUCUUAACUUUGCAGAUGAACAUACCAGUGCAAGUGAAAAGCAGGUGCUUAUGACAGAUUUGCUUUGUGGCAUCUGCGAGCUAUUGUUAAGCAAACCUGUAGUUCUUAAUUGUGGCCAUGUUUAUUGUGAAAAUUGUGUGAUCAAUCCUAGCGACAAGCUCUGUAGAUGUCCAGUUUGCCAACUGGAGCAUCCAAAUGGAUACCCCAACAUUUGUUUGAUUCUUGAGCACUACCUGGAGGAGCAAUUUCCCGAGUUGUAUGCCGAAAGGAAAAGGGCAUCAGUGGAAAGAUCUGAUUGUCAGAUUCCAUCAAAACGAAAUCGGCACGAAGCUGCUGGCUGCAAAUCAGUACCUGGAUUUGAUCUUUCAGCAUGGUUUACGGGUGGAGGACCACAGGUUCAUUUUGGAGUCGGUUGUGAUUAUUGUGGGAUGUGUCCUAUUGUUGGGGAACGAUACAAAUGCAAAGACUGCAAGGAGAAAAUAGGCUUUGACCUUUGUGAAGGAUGUUAUAAAAGCUCCUCAAAGCUCCCGGGCAGAUUUAAUCAGCAACACACUCCAGAACACCAAUUUGAGUUAAUACAGGCACUUCAAGUGAGAAAUGUUGUACUGAGGCUUCAACCUGAACGAUUAGAAGGGGACGACUCCGAUUUACAACUUGAAUACGGAGAGCCAAGGUCCCUUGAGCUGCGGCCCCUGGAAGAAGAUUCCUCAGAGACCAACUCACCUCGAGACGAUCUAAGAGAUGGUCAAGUGGGGAACAUAUCCUCAAGUGGUACUGGAGACGACGAUGGAGGGAGAGAAUCUGCAGACAGAGAUUAGGUAAACGUUACUUUGACAGUUGUGGUUACUCUUUGUGGUCAUUAUCUCGAUCAGACUCUGUGAAUUAGGAAUGAAGGCCCUAACAACCCAUAUGUGAACCGCUUUUCCAGUUAUACUCCUAGUGGGAUUUGCUAUAUAAUGUACAGCUUUAUAUUGAGUAUCAAAGUUGCUAUGCGGUUGGACCUUUGUACAUUGUAUUCGUAUAAUAAUCGAAAAGAGAGUUAUGCUUCAUGCAA